CGCCUACUCCCAGGGUUCAGUGCGGUGCCUAGCCGCCAUCGUUUGAAUUUGAAAACGGGCUGAUUUUUGGAGCUGCUUGUCGGCGUCAGGGACGGGCGAUGCCACAGGAUGGACUCUCAUUUGAAUCAAGAUGGGUUGCCUAGACCAUCUUAUGUUUUUAGUGCUGAUCCAAUGGCAAGGCCUUCGGAAAUCAAUUUUGAUGGCGUUAAGCUUGAUCUCUCUCAUGAGUUCUCCUUAGUUGCCUCAGACCCUGGGGAAAACAGUUCUGGAUCUAAAAAUUAUCUCCAAGUUUGCCUUCGAAUAAGACCAUUCACACAGUCAGAAAAAGAAUAUGAGGCUGAGGGCUGUGUACAAGUUCUGGAUUCACAGACUGUCCUCCUGAAAGAACCGCAAAGCAUCCUUGGCCAGUUAAGUGAGAAGAGCUCUGGACAUGUAGCACAGAAAUUCAGUUUUUCUAAGGUUUUUGGACCUGAAACUUCACAGAAAGAGUUCUUUCUGGGUUGUAUUAUGGAGCCAGUAACAGACCUCUUGAAAGGACACAAUCGGCUGAUCUUCACUUAUGGAUUGACCAACUCUGGAAAAACAUAUACAUUUCAAGGCACAGAGGAAAACAUUGGCAUUCUGCCUAGAACACUGAAUGUGUUGUUUGAUAGUCUUCAGGAAAAACUGUACAUGAAGACGAACUUCAAACCACAUAGAUGUAGAGAAUACUUACGAUUGUCGUCUGAGCAGGAGAGAGAGGAAAGCGCUAACAAAAAUGCAUUGUUGCGGCAAAUUAAAGAGGUUACUGUACAUAAUGACAGUUAUGACAUACUUUGUGGAAGCUUAACAAACUCUUUGACUAUCCCAGACUUUGAAGAAUCCAUGAACACGUGUAACCAAUCUAGCCUGAGUGUGGAUAAUAUAAAAUAUUCUGUGUGGGUUUCUUUCUUUGAGAUUUACAAUGAAAGUAUUUAUGAUUUAUUUGUUCCUGUGUCAUCCAAGUUUCAAAAGAGGAAGAUGCUACGCCUUUCCCAAGAUGUAAAGGGCUAUUCUUUUAUAAAAGAUCUGCAAUGGAUUCAGGUAUCCAAUUCUAAAGAAGCAUAUAGACUGUUAAAACUAGGAGUGAAGCAUCAGAGUGUUGCCUUCACAAAACUGAACAAUGCUUCUAGCAGAAGUCACAGCAUAUUCACUAUUAGAAUAUUGCAGAUAGAGGAAUCUGAAGUGCCUCGUGUAACUCGAGUUAGUGAAUUGUCUUUAUGUGAUCUUGCUGGUUCAGAACGGAGCAUGAGGACACACAACGAAGGUGAACGCUUGAGAGAGGCUGGGAAUAUCAACACUUCUCUGUUGACUCUGGGAAAGUGUAUCAAUGUUCUGAAGAACAGUGAAAAGUCAAAGUUUCAACAGCAUGUGCCUUUUCGGGAAAGUAAACUGACCCACUAUUUCCAAAGUUUUUUCAAUGGUAAAGGGAAAAUAUGUAUGAUCAUCAAUAUUAGUCAGUGUUGUUCUGCCUAUGAUGAAACACUCAAUGUAUUGAAGUUUUCAACCAUUGCACAAAAGGUGUAUGUUCCAGAUACUUUAAGUUCUUUUCAAGAGAAAUCUUUUGGGUCCAUCAAAUCUUCUCAAGAUGUAUCACUAGACAGUAAUUUGGAUAAUAAAAUACUAAACGUAAAGCGAACAACUGUUUCAUGCGAAAAUAGUCUAGAAGAUUUGGUUGAAGAUGAAGAUUUGGUGGAGGAUUCAGAAAAAAAUGAAACACAAGACAUGAAAACUGAACUUACAGAUGAAGACAUAGAUGAAACAUUAGAGGAGUGCAGUGUCUUCAAAAGUCAGAAGAACAAGAAACUGCUGGAUUUAAUAGAAAACUUGAAACAAAGGCUAAUAAAUGAAAAAAAAGAAAAGCUAACAUUGGAAUUAAAAAUUCGUGACGAAGUUACACAGGAGUUCACUCAGUAUUGGACCCAGAGGGAAGCUGAUUUUAAGGAGACACUUCUUCAGGAACGAGAGAUACUAGAAGAAAAUACUGAACAUCGUUUGGCAAUCUUCAAAGAUUUGGUUGGAAAAUAUGACACCCAAGAUGAAUCAACAAAUAGAAUUAGUGCCAUGGAAGUUGAAACUGAAGAAGCUCAUAAUUAUGUAGGAGUUGAAGAUAUUAUUGAUUCUCUUCAAGAUGAUGUCACUGAUAUUAAGAAACAGGCUGAACUUGCUCAUUUAUAUAUUACGUCUCUUGCUGAUCCCCAGGAAGCUAUUGCUUGUUUGCAGCUAAAGUUUAAUCAAGUUAAAACAGAAUUAGCCAAAACCAAGGAAGAAUUAAUUAAAGUCCAAGAAGAGCUAAAAAACAGAGAGAGUGAUUCUUUGGUACAAGCACUCAAGACAUCAAAUAAGGUGGAUACAUCUGUAACCAGCAAUAGAUCAACUUGUAACGAAACAAUUAAAAUGCCCAAGAACAGCAGAACCCAGACACAUUAUGACAGGAAAAGAUUAAAUGAAGAUGGUCUUCAGCCAGGUGAACCUCCAGCAAAGAAAGGGCUUAUACUUGUUAGUCCACACCCUAUUGAAGAUCAAAACAAAAGGGAAGAAAUGCAGCAGUCUCUUUCAGAAGGUCAGGAAGGCAAUAGAGACCCACAGGAAGAGAACGAAGAGCUAAAAAGACUUUUAACUAUUGGUGAGAAUGAACUCAGAAAUGAAAAGGAGGCAAAAGCAGAAUUAAAUAAACAGCUUGUAAGUUUGCAACAGCAGCUUGAUUUCUCUGAAGAAAAAAACUCAACUCUGAGGACCAAGGUGGAGCAAAUCCAGGCCAGUUACGAUAGUGCAGUUGCUGAGUUACGUACACAGGAAGCUGUGAACCGCGAGCAGGAGGAGAGGAUCCUGACACUGUCACAGGAGAUGGAAACCGCAACAAGGAGGAUCAAAAGCAAUGCUUCACAGAUAAAACUAAUGCAAACAAAAAUAGAUGAACUACGGUUGCUCGAGUCACCUUCUCAUAUUUCAAAAAUAGAUUUACUCAAACUCCAGGAUCUCUCAAGUGGUCCUAAAGGGGACAGUAUGCUGAACACGUCACCACAGCUUCCAGGGAGUGACCUGUCAAGUGAAUGGGCUAAAGAGGAUCACAUUCAAGAGCCCAGCAGGGAAAGUUCCUUCCACUCCAGUAUUGAAGCCAUCUGGAACGAGUGCAAAGAAAUCGUGAAGGCCUCCUCCACAAAGUCGCAUCAGAUUCAGGGACUGGAAGAGCAGAUUGAAAAACUACAGAUGGAAGUAAAAGGCUACAGGGAUGAGAACAGUGAGCUGCGAGCAAAGGAGAGUGAGGAUGGUAGAGAUCACCAGCUGAGAGAAAAAGAAAGCCUUCUCCAGCAGCUUACAGAGGAACUACAAGGAAAAAGUGUCAGUCUUGGCGUUCAAGUACAGCUUGCCGCUGAAAGAGAGCAAGCUCUUUUAGAGCUUUCCCAGGAUGUUACCUGCUAUAAGGCAAAAAUAAAGGAACUUGAAAUGAUGGUAGAGACCCAGAAAGAUGAGUGUAGGCGCUUAGCUGAGGUAGAGCAAAGCCUUUUAGAGAAGGAAGCUGCCAUCUUGAAGCUAGAAGCAAAUCUGAAGGAAGCGGAAGCAAGCCACCAGGAUCAGGUCAAAAGCACCAAAAGUUUAAAUGAAAUAGAACUCAAGUUGAGAGAAGAAAUCACACAGUUGGCAAACAAUUUGUGUGAUAUGAAACAGUCACUUCAGUUAAAGGAAGAGGAAAAUGAAACUCACAGACAAGAAACAAAAAAAUUGAAAGAGGAGCUUGCUGCAGACUUUGUCCUUACUCAGAAGCUCAAAGCAGACCUUCAGAGGAAGGAAGAAGAUUAUGCUGAGCUGAAGGAGAAAUUCACUGAUGCCAAAAAGCAGAUUGAGCAGGUUCAGAAGGAGGUAUCUAUUAUGCGUGAUGAAGAGAAAUUAUUGAGGACUAAAAUUAAUGAACUGGAGAAAAAGAAAAACCAGUAUGCUCAGGAAAUAGAUAUGAAACAACGAACCAUUCAGCAACUCAAGGAGCAGUUAAAUAAUCAGAAAACGGAAGAAGCCAUACAGCAAUAUGAGAAAGCGUGCAAAGAUCUAAGUGUUAAAGAGAAGAUGAUUCAAGAUAUGAGACUGACACUAGAAGAGCAAGAAAAAACUCAGAUAGAACAAGACCGAGUACUUGAGGCUAAGUUAGAGGAAGCUGCUUGGCUAGCCAAAGAAUUGGAUAAAUGGAAAGAAAAAUUCAUCGAUGUGGAAGCUAGAAGUACUCAAAGGUCAAAUGAAGCCAUGGAGGACGCAGACGUGCUUAGGAGUAGGCAGCUCAGCAAGCUUCAGAACGAGCUGCAGGAAUCUGAAGAGAAAUAUAAAGCUGAUAGAAAGAAGUGGUUAGAAGAAAAGGUCAUCCUUACCACUCAAGCAAAAGAAGCUGAGAAUUUACGAAAUAGAGAAAUGAAAAAAUAUGCUGAAGACAGGGAGAAACUGCAGAAUGAAUUGGAAACACUGACAGCACAGCUGGCAGAGAAAAAUGGUGACCUUCAAAAGUGGAGGGAAGAGCGAGACGAGCUGGUGGCAGCUCUAGAGGCGCAGAUGAAGGUGCUGUUCUGCAGCAGCAAGCACAAGGACGAGGAGAUCCAGCACCUGAGAAGGGCUGUCGCAGAGCGCGCGGGGACGGAAAACCAGACCAAGCCUGAGUAUAGUGAUUCGCUUGAUCUUGGUGGAGUUGAAACUGAACAUCAGUCAACAAGGUUUGAAAUUUCUAGGAGUACAGCAGAGGAUGGAUCUGUAGUUCUUGACUCUUGUGAAGUGUCAACAGAAAAUGGACAAAGUACUCGAUUUCCAAAACCUGAAUUGGAGAUUCAGUUUACACCUUUGCAGCCAAACAAAAUGUCAGUGAAACACCCUGGUUGUGCCACACCAGUCACGUUUAAGAUCUCCAAGGCACGGAAGAGGAAGAGUAACGAAAUGGAGGAGGAUGUGGUGAAAUGUGAAAAUAAGAAGAAUUCUACACCCAGAAAUAAUAUGGAGUUUCCUGUUUCACAGCGUAGAAAUUCCUCUGUCAAAAAGGUUUCUUUAUGUCCAUCAUCUAAGAAAACAUACUCCUUAAGGAGCCAGGCAUCUACAGUUAGUGACAACAUAGCCACUAAAAAAAGAGAAGGAACACUACAGAGAUUUGGAGACUUCUUGCAACAUUCUCCAACAAUUCUUCAGUCAAAAGCAAAAAAGAUAAUUGAAACAAUGAGUUCCCCAAAGUUUUCAACUGUAGAAGUAAGUAAAGAAAAUGUGUCUCAGGCAAAAAAAACCAAACGGAAAUUGUACAGAAAUCAAAUUUCAUCUCCCAUCAAUAUAUCUGGCCAAGUGAUACUAAUGGAACAGAAACGAAAAGAAAGUGACCAUCAGAUUCUCAAACGACGACUUCGAACGAGAACAGCCAAGUAAAUCGCUUUGAGAUUUUAUAUUCUUAAUCAUUGUAAAUUGUAAGUUUUAAAACUUAAUUGUAUAUAUUAUAAUGCAUCAAAUGCCUCUGUAUAGUUUGAUG